ACGAUCCGAGUCUAAAGUCGCCCUGUUAGCGGGGCUCUUUAGUUUCGGAACGGCAAUUGUUCAGGCCGUUCCAAAGGCUUGUCAACAUGGCCAGCGGCCCCAAAUGCGGGCUGGGAUGUUUGGUGGCCGCCGCCCAUGGGGAAGGAGGGGAAGGAGGAAGGGAGAAGGGGGAAGAUUCAUCUAUUCCGAUUAGCACCAAAAGUCCCCUAGCCCUUCGUUUGGACGAGCAAAUCAGAGCACGCCUAGCACGCGGAUUCAAGCUUCACCGAGGAAGAAAACUACCACGUAUGGGCCCGAACUAUCAUUUGUGCAUGCUGUAUAAAAUUUGUGCGGAAGAGGAGGAAACCCGAUGUGGGCAACGACCCAGCUCGUCCAUCUAGGAGUACUGUAAUUCGACGGCGUAUAUGCAGGUAUAAUAAAGACUUCCCCUUCAAAGGCGCGAAAUGACCUGCAAAUGCUAGUCCUGAAAGUUCAAGAGGCGCCGCUAUGUUGGCUGCUCCGUGCUCGAGUUAAUCUGGCACUUU